UAUCUGCUUUUUUACGCUCCAGGUGCCCUCAACAGCUGGUGCUGGGCCAGGCCGAAGCCAGGAGCCUGUAGCUCGGUUGGUCUCCUGUGUGGAUGCUUGCUGCCUCUCACGGUGCACAUUAGCAGGAAGCUGGUGGGAUGCAGGGCUGGGCCUUGACUCCAGCCAGUAUGCUAGGACAUGUGGACAUCCCAAAUGAUGGCUUUUUUAUUUUUUGAAAGAUGUGUUUAUUUAUUUGAAAGUCAGAGUUACAGAGAGGCAGAGGCAGAGACAGAGAGAGAGGUCUUCCAUCGCUGGUUCACCCCCCAAAUGGCUGCAACAGCCAGAGCUGGGCCAAUCUGAAACCAGGAGCCAGGAGCUUCCUCCGGGUCUCCCACGCUGGCGCAGGGGCCCAAGGACUUAGGCCAUCUUCCACUGCUUUCCCAGGCCACAGCAGAGAGCUGGAUCAGAGGUGGAACAGCCGGGACUCGAACCGGCACCCAUAAGGAAUGCCAGCACUGCAGGCGCGGCUUUACCAGCUACGCCAUGGUGCCGGCCCCCCAAAUGAUGUCUUAACUGCUGUGCCAAGCACCUACCCCGACAGUGCCCAGGUGCCUGUCUCUCACAGAACGUGGUGAGGGUACAGGUUGUGACCCAUUCACCCAGAGUGCUCCAGAGGGCAGUCUGAGGGGGUAGGCCUCAUGGGGAGCGCCCUACCCAGAGAGGGGUGGCUAGCCCAGGCCUGUCCCCACCCUGAACCUUAGCUCAGUCCCUUGCAGGUUGGAACCUGGUGGGCAAGGCCCCGAGACGAUAUGGGCACCUGGCUUCUCGUCUGCACCUGCCUGUGUGUCUGUGCCUGCUGGGAGGUCUCUGUCUCAGAGGCAGGAGGAGGGUGUGCACGGUCAGACCCUCCCCCACCCACCCCCGGGCUCGGCCCGUACGCCCCCACCGUGGGCUCCCAGCGGUCACUGACCCCGGGGCCGAGGGUUGCAGCUUUCACCUGCCUCAACAACAACAUCCUGAGGAUCGACUGCCGCGGCUCUGCCCCGGAGCUGGACCAGGGCUGCGGCCCCUGGCUCCUGUUCACCAGCAACCAGGUGCCGGGCAGCAAGCACCGGUGUGUGUUUCGGGGCAGUGCGUGCACCGUGCUGCUGCCACCCACGGAGGUGCUGGUGCCGUCUGACAGCUUCAGCAUCACCCUCCACUACUGUGUGUCUGGGAAGGAGCAGGUCCGCCUGGUGGACCGGCAGUACCUGCCCCGGAGAAACGUGAAGCUGGACCCGCCCUCUGACCUGCAGAGCAACAUCAGCUCCGGCUCCUGUGUCCUGACCUGGAGCGUCAGCCUUGCGUUGGAGCCACUGACCACACUUCUCAGCUACGAGCUGGCUUUCAAGAGGCAGGAAGAAGCCUGGGAGGGGGCCCAGCACAAGGACCGCAUUGUUGGGGUGACCAGGAUCACCCUUGAAGCCAUCGAGUUGGAGCCCGGCUCCACCUACGAGGCCAGGCUGCGGGUGCAGAUGGCCACACUGGAGGAUGACACGGAGGAGGAGCGCUACGAGGGCCAGUGGAGCGAGUGGAGCCAGCCGGUGUGCUUCCGCCCUCCCCAGAGACGGGGUUCCCUGAUCCCACCCUGGGGGCAGCUGGACAGCACCCUUGUUGCUGUGUCCAUCUUUAUCCUCCUGAGUGGCCUCAUCUACCUUCUGUUCAAGCUGUCACCCAGGGUAAAGAGAAGCUUCCACCAGGACGUGCCCACCCCAGCUGUGUUCUUCCAGCCCCUCUACAGUGUGCACAACGGGAACUUCCAGACCUGGACAGGAGCCCACAGACCAGGCCUGCAGCUGAGCCCGGAUGGUGUCCACACGCUACCAGGAGCCUCAGAGUCCAGUGACUGGGAGACCAUCACUCCGCUCACAUACAGCCCGAUGCACCCACGGGAGUCUGUGGGCCUGCAGAGGAAGGAAGGCAGUGGCGUGGGCCUCCCAGGGGCCCCAGGCUCAGAGGUGCCGCCAGCAGGGUGUGUGGAGUGGAAGGCACAGCCACCUGUGUAUCUGCCACAGGAGGACUGGGCUCCCAUGGCCCCCACUGGGCUGGCUGCCUCAGACCUAGAGGACAGGAGCAAGUACUGUGUUUUGGGCUUCUAUGGAGGUUGCUAUCCCACAGCCUUCCCAGGAAACACACAGAGCUCGGAGCUGUUCCAGCUGCGGCCCGUGGCCUUUCCUGUGACCCACAGGGCUCAGAUCUCCAGCCAAGGGAUGCCUAUGUGGCAGUUGGUCAGAAUGAGGGGCAAGACCAGGGCACAGGGACAGCAGGAGCACCUUUGGGGCAUUGUGCUCCCUGCUUUCUUCGGGAGGCCGUGGCUCAGCCCUGAAAGUUAUGGAGUCCGGACUGCCAGCUGCAUCCUGUCUUUGUUGAUGGAAAUGGCUUAGGUCUCUGGAGCUGACCCCUGAUCAGCACUGGGUCUCCUGAGGAGGGCACCUGUGCUGUGUCAGAGGCCCUGUCUGGAUGGAGGCAGGAGCUGCCCCUCACCCCUCUGCCCAGCUCCUGUGGGGAGGGCCUCCCCCUCAGCAUCUUAACAACCGCCCUCCCUCCUUCUGGCCUUGCACCUGGCCUCUCUGAUAAGACAGGUGUGCCCCCCCCCCCCCAGCCUGUUCUGUCCUCACCCUGGGUGGGCCAGCCUGGACUCUGAGGUCAGUGAGAUGCCCCGACAGGUGGAGCUGCUUCUCUCUGCCUUCCUGAGACUGUAAGGGGCAUUGUGGCUGCUCCGAAGGCUGGGAGGGGCUGGUCCUGAUUUCCUGGGCUCUGACGACAGCAGGAUGGAGGCUCAGUGACCAGCCCCAGGGAAGUCGGCCCCUCACGGUGCUGAGACAGGAUGCAGCUGGCAGUCCGGACUCUAUAACUUUCAGGGCUGACCCAUGGCCUCCCAAAGAAAGCAGGGAGCACAACGCCCCAAAGGUGCUCCUGCUGUCCCUGUGCCAGUGCUCCUGGGCUGUCAGAGCUGCAGGUCCCCACCUGGCAGCAGCGGUGGCCUGGGAGGUGGCCACUCCAGGAAGUGGUCUGGGAGAGUGGCCGAUGGAGGAGCAUGCACCUGAUAUUUUCCUAGGGCUACCGUUGCCGAGUACCACAAACUGGGUGGCUCAGACCACAGAGCUGUCAUCUCACAGCUGUGCAGCAGGGAAGUGUGGAGGGCAGCUGUUGGCAGUGCUGGGCUCCCUCUGAAGGCGCCGGGCAAGCACUGUCCUGGUCACCAGCUUGUUUCAUGGCUGUGAUGGCUGACACAGCUUCACAAGGCAUCUUCCUGGUUCCCUCUUUUUCUAAGGACGCAAUAGCCGCAGGUUAAUGCUGACCCUGAUGACCUCAUCUUAGCUCGGUCAUCUGCAAAGACCCUAUUUCCAUCUGAGGAUGAGGUCACCCUCACAGGUACUGGGGGUGAGGACUUCAGCCUAUGAAUUGUGGGGACACCAUUCAACACAACAGCACCCCUGCCUCUGCCCAUGACUACCUCCUUGAUGGCCCCAAGACUUUGGUCCUUCCUGGCUGCCCCAGGCAGAGCUCAUGAGAACCUGACUCUUGACCUUGGAGGUGGCACUUGGGUCAUCUGCUGGUGAGGGCUGGGGUGAGACUGUUCUGAAGUUCUGAAGGUGGGAAAAGUGGAGGCUGCUCUCUUUUCAGGUGAUGAGCCUCCUGGGUGCUCCCACAUUCCCUGAGGCCUGGGAGGGGGAUUCCUUCAGCCCCUGGCCCCCAGAGGCCAGAGCCCCAUCUGGCUCAGGUUGGCUUCCCUCCUGCUCUGCAUGUCUGCAAAGCCCCUGAGGUUUUGUGGUGAGUCUCAGUGGUGCAGGAUCCUGUCAGUGGGGAUGAGGGAAGCCCCAGAGAGUGGGAGGGCUGUGGGCGGAAGUGAGGUGGAGGCAUCCUCAGCUCUAGCCAAGUAUAAAAAUACCAGCGUGAACCCACUUCCUGGGGCCGGCCUUUGGGCAGCCCCUGGCUGGUGUAUUUGUAACCGUCUGUGCAGCUUCACAUGGGACCUGGGCCACCUGCACAGCCGGGACAGCUCUCCUGUGAGGCCUGAACAUACGUUCAUUUCCCCUGAGCACCUGGGUAUGUGGCUCUGGGCUGGAGCCUGAAUGUGCACCGUCACCUUCCUGUCUGUACAUGUGGCUAAGCCACCCCUGGCAGAGCAGCUCUGAGUUCACUUGAGCAAGACACCUGGGUAUGGGGUGCUCAGAAGUGCUGAGUUCCCCUCACCUGGAUGGGACAACCCUUGGAAACCCUGUGCCAGUGUCUGGGUUACAGCAGGGCUAGGGUAGAAGACCCUGUAAACUGCAAGGAGGCCUCAUUGGUCACUGGGCAUCUGUGAGGUCCUCAGAGCGAUGCUGACCUUGAUCUUAAAUACGAAGUGGCCACUGGGGGCUGGCAUUGUGGCUCAGUGGGUUAAGCUGCCACCUGUGACACCAACAUCCCAUAAGAGUGCUGGUUUGAGUCCUGGAUGCUCCACUUCCAAUCCAGCUCCCUGCUGAUGUGCCUAGGAAAGCAGUAGGGGAUGACCCAAGUCCUGGGGCCCCUGCCUUUCAAAUAAAUAAGUGAAUAAAUAUUAAACGCGAAUGCCAGGCUGAGGGAACACUGUGGGAGGAGGACUUACCCUGGUGAGUGAACCCUGGGGACUACAGGUUUUGUUUUGUUUUGUUUUGUUUUUAGGUAAAAUUCAUAUAAUAUAAAUUUUUUUUAGCUCAGUGAUAUUUUAGUACAUGCACAAUGUUGUGCAGCCAUCUGCUUAGUUCAAACGCAUUUUCAUCACCCAAAAGAGACCCCUGCCAUUAAGCAGUCACUCCUCAUUCUCCCCUCCCUCUGACCCCCCGCCCCGCCCCCCCCCCAGUCAGCUUUCUGUCUCUGGGUUUCUGGGUGCUUUGUGUGAUUGGAGUUGGGCGGUGCAUGACUCUUGUGGCCACCUUGUCUCUCGUGUCUCCUGCACCCUCCAUCGUGUGUCAGCACCUCAGUCCUGAUUUUUCCAUUGCGUGGAUGUUAUUCCAGGGGACGCAUUCACCACGACUCAUUUGUCCAUGUGUCUGCUGAGGGCCAUUGUGUUCUUUCCACCUUUCUGUUACUGAGAAUUAUGCUGAUGUGGACAUUUGUGUACAAGUUUCUGCUGGUUUUCAGUUCCUUUGUCUGUUUCAGAGUGAGAUUGUGGCGAUUCUGUUUAGCUUUUCAUACAGCUCCCAAACUGUCGUCCACAGUGACUGCACCACCUUACAUUUCCAUUAGUGGUGUUCCAUCCCAGGAUGUGCAUUAGUGUGAAGGUGGAACUGGGAGCAGAGCUGAGACUCGAAGCCAGACACCCCACAGGGGUUACGGGUGUCCCAUGUGGCAUCGUAACAUCCAGGCCGAAGGUGUGUCCCCUUGCUGUGGUCACCUUUUCCUAAGAGCUGAUGAUCUUGAGUGUCUCUGUGCAUCUUUUAUGGAGAACAGUCUGUAAGUCCUCUGCCCCAUUUUAAAUGGCAUUGUCUUUUUAUUGUUGGGUUCUAAGUGUUUUAAAAAAUACAUUCUAGUACUAGCCCUUUAUGAAAUACUUGAUUUGCAAACAUGUUCUUCCAUUCUGUUGGCUUUCUAUUUUUUUUUUUUAAUUUUUUUUUUUGACAGGCAGAGUGGACAGUGAGAGAGAGAGACAGAGAGAAAGGUCUUCCUUUUGCCGUUGGUUCACCCUCCAAUGGCCGCUGUGGCCGGCGCAUCUCGCUGAUCCGAAGCCAGGAGCCAGGUGCUUCUCCUGGUCUCCCAUGGGGUGUAAGGCCCAAGCACUUGGGCCAUCCUCCACUGCACUCCCGGGCCACAGCAGAGAGCUGGCCUGGAAGAGGAGCAACCGGGACAGAAUCUGGCGCCCUGACCAGGACUAGAACCGCAAGGCAGAGGAUUAGCCUAGUGAGCAGCGGCGCCGGCCCCAAAAGUAUUUUUUUAAGUAAAUAUUUAUUUAUUGAAAGACAGCAAGAGAAGGGUGGAGGGAGGAAGAAAGAAAGAGAGAGGAAGAGAGAGAGGAAGAGAGAUCUUCCAUCUGCUGAUUCACUCCCCAGAUGGCUGCUACAGGUUGGGGCUGGGCCAGGCCAAAGCCAGGACCCUACAACUUUGGCCAAGAUCUGCUGCCUCCAAAGCACAUUAUCAGGAAGCUGGAUUGGAAGUGCAAAGUAGCUGAAACCUGGACCAGGCUCUCUGACAUAGGCUGUAAGGUGUCCCAAAUGGUGGCUUCACCCACUAUGCAUGAUCCUUGUCCCACAAAACAUUUUUAUAUAAAACUUAUAAAAGAUUUAUUUAUUUGAAAGAGAGUGCUGAAAGAGAGCGAAUAUGAAUUUAUAUGAAAUUCAUAAAAGAUUUAUUUGAAAAACAGAAAACAAAAAGAGUGAGCAAGAGACAGGGAGAGAGCGCGAGCGAGCGCGAGAGAGAAUUUUCCAUUCAUACAUGGCUGCAGCAGCCAGGUCUGGGCCAGGCCAGAACCAGGAGUCGGAACUCUGCUCAGGUCUCCCACUUGGGUGGCAGUAGCCCGAGCGUCUGGACCACUGUCUGUUCCCUCCCCAGGCUUGCUAGCAGGAAGUUGGGUUGGACUUGGAGCAGCUGGGAUUUGAACAAGCACUCCCAAAUGGGAUACCAGCAUUGUAGGCAGCAGCUUUACCUGCUGUUACACAAUGCAGGCCCCAGAGUUUGUAAUUUUUGUGAACUCCAAUAUAUUUACUUUUCCUUUUGUUUCUGGUGCUUUGGGUGUCACUCCAAAAAAAAAAAUCCUUUCAAAAUCUGGUGCUGCUAAAUACGUGAAAAGCUGCUCAACACUGUUCAGUCCUUAGAUAAUUGAAAAUCCAAGCACAGUGAGAACCAAGUCAUUCACACUAGAAUGGCAAGCAUCAUGAAAGUGGGAACUGAGAAGAAGGCAGGAUCGGCGAGUCCAGAUGCUCGCCCUGUUUCCCUGACAGUGGGCCAGGAGCACAUGCUCACCUAGUGAUUUGUGGGCCUGCGCAGGGUUUGGGCCACUUGUGUCCCGCUCACAAGCCCUUGCUGCCCUGUUCACUUGAUGCUUCAUGGGUCAGUCACAGAAGAGCUAACCAGCCAGGAAGAGCAGAGUCACUACCAUGCAGACAGACUAGAAGACCAAAAAUGUUGUAUUUUUGUAACGUAUACUGGCCUUCAUUUGAAAUCUCUGGAAACUUUGCAAUCUUGUAUCUAAGAGUACCUAUUUUCUCCAACAAUUUUGUUACAGAUACUUGUCCAUUUCAAUGUUGUAUAAAAUUAAUUAAGCUUGAUCUCUGUGGAGAUCUGAUAGAGUCUACCCAUGCCUAAUUUAGGAGUGGACUGAAGACAUAAAAGCUCUUCUCUCUUCCUAACUGUGGAUUUGCACAGUUAAGCAAUGUCUUUUUUAUUUUUAUUUUUUUUGACAGGCAGAGUGGACAGUGAGAGAGAGAGACAGAGAGAAAGGUCUUCCUUUGCCGUUGGUUCACCCUCCAAUGGCCACCGCGGCCGGCGCGCUGCGGCUGGUGCACCACGCUGAUCCGAUGGCAGGAGCCAGGUAUUUCUCCUGGUCUCCCAUGGGGUGCAAGGCCCAAGCACUUGGGCCAUCCUCCACUGCACUCCCUGGCCACAGCAGAGAGCUGGCCUGGAAGAGGGGCAACCGGGACAGAAUCCGGCGCCCUGACCAGGACUAGAACCCGGUGUGCUGGCGCCGCAAGGCAGAGGAUUAGCCUAGUGAGCCGUGGCGCUGGCCAAGCAAUGUCUUUAAAUUGUCUGUCUUUCCCGGCCUCACUGCCUAUACUGUGUCUGAUUGUCUGGUAAGCCUGGGGGUAUAAACACAGUCUUGUUAACAGCUUGUGGGCUGUGGAAGCACCAGGUCAUCAUGCGGUGUCUGAUGAAGGAAUAAUUUAGAACUGGCAUGUUCUUGAAAGUUUCAAAACAUGUGACCUCCAACUUCACUCACAGAUCUGCCCUGCUUUGAGAAAGGCAAUUGGUUUUAUUAGUGUAUCCUUUUAAAUAUGGUAUAAAAAUAAAAAGCUUCUGAGAUUUGAACCUAGGUUAUAUAAACCUGUAUUUUUGCAUUACUAAUAUGAAAUAUCAAUCAGUGGAUAUAUUAGUAAGUCCUUAUAUCUGAAAAUUUACAAAAGCUUGUGACUGUUUAGAAAAGUGCAAUCCAGUGUUGGUGAGUAUGUGGGAAAUCAAUUCAUGGGAUUUGCCUGUGAGAAUGAGAAAAGAUAAUGUAAUGGUGAUGGGUCCCACAACCAUGUAAGUGUACCUACUGCCACUGAACUGUACACAUAAAGAGAGUUAGAAUGGUGCAGCUUAUAUUAUGUCCAUUUUAUCCCAAUUAAGAGAAUAAAAUAGGGACUGACAUUGUGGCAUAGCAGGUAAAGCCGCAGCCUGUGAUGCUGGCAUCCCAUAUGGGCACCGGUUUGAGUCUUGGCUGUUCCACUUCUGAUCCAUCUCUUUGCUGAAGCACCUGGGGAAGCAGAAGAAAUGGCCCAACUGCUUGGGCUCCUACCACCCCUGUGGGAGACCCAGAAGAAGUUCCAGGCUCCUGGUUUCAGUCGCACCCAGCUCUGGCCAUUGUGGCCAUUUGGGGAGUGAAUCAGCAGAUGGAAAAACUCUCUCUUUGUCUUCCUCUCUCUCUGUAACUCUGCUUUUCAGAUAAAAUAGAAUAAAUUAAAAAAAUUAAAAUGGCUGGCGCCACAGCUCACUUGGCUAAUCCUCCACCUGUGGGGCCGGCACCUUGGAUUCUAAUCCCGGUUGGGGUGCCGGAUUCUGUCCUGGUUGCUCCUCUUCCAGUCCAGCUCUCUGCUGUGGCCCGGGAAGGCAGUGGAGGAUGGCCCAAGUGCUUGGGCCCUGCACCUGCAUGGGAGGCCAGGAGGAAGCACAUGGCUCCUGGCUUUGGAUCGGUGCAGCACUGGCCAUAGCGGCCAUUUUGGGGGGUGAACCAAUGGAAAAGGAAGACCUUUCUGUCUCUCUCUCUCUAACUCUGCCUGUCAAAAAAAAAAAAAAUGUUCUACUAAAAUAAAAUAAUAAAAAUGGUAAAAUGUUAUGUUUAUUUUACUCCCCCCUCCCCCCAAGGUCUUUCUCAGAUCUGAUCCUGAAAUAGUCCCAUAUGUGAGGAAGAAGACCCUUCACUUCUGAAGUGAGAAAUGGCCAUCCUGUUCACACUGGGGCCACACAGCCCAGCUUUGCCACACAUACCCACAUGAUCUUACCCAGAGGGAGUCCUCUCCCACCUGACCCACUUGUGGUCCCUCCACUCCCCCACUGCCCUAUUUCCUUAUAGAACUCAGUCCCCACCCCUCCAAACUACUGUCUGUGCCAGGUCUGUUUACUGUCUCUGUAAUCUUUCCUUUUCCAUGAUGUCAUUUAUAUGGGACUGUACAGAGUGCAGCUUCUUCAGACCUUCCUUCCUUCCUUCCUUCCUUCCUUCCUUCCUUCCUUCCUUCCUUCCUUCCUUCCUUUCUUUUUUAAGAUAUACUUAUUUAUUGAAAGGCAGAGUGAGAGAGAGCGAGAGAGAUCAUCCAUCAGCUGGUUCACUCACCAAAUGGCUGUAACAGCCAGAGCUGGUCCAAGCUAAAGCCAGGAGCUAGGAGCUCCAUCUGGGGCUCUUAUGUGGGUGGCAGAGGCCCAAGCACUUGGGCCAUCUUCCUCUGCAUUCCCAGGCACAGAAUCAGGGAGUUGGAUCAGAAGUGGAGCAGCCACGUCUUGAAGUUCUAAUAUGGUAUGUUGUGUUGCAGGCGGCAGCUUAGCCCACUGUGCCACAGUGCCAGCCUGUACUGGCUGAUGUCACUCAGUCACAUGCAUGUAAGAUUCACCAGUGUCUGCAGACAUCCGUUUCUCCUGCUGGACAGUGUGACACUGACGGAUGCACUCCAGUUUGUCUCUCAUUCUGCUAUUGAAGGUCAUCCUGAUCCCUUAGCAUUUGAUCGUUAUGAAGACAGCUUCUGUAUACAGUUGUGUGUUGAGUUUCUGUUUGUGGUAUGUAAGGUGUCUUUUUCUAAAAAUUUACUUAUUUUUUUGAAAGGCGCACACACGCACGCACACACACACACACACAGAUCAAGAGAGAUCUCAUCUACUGGUUCCUUCCCCAAAUGCCCACAACAGUCAGGACUGGGCCAGGGCCAGGCUGAAGCCAGGAGGCAGCAGAACCCAAUCCAGGUCUCCCAUGUGAGGGACAGGGACCCAAGGACUUAAGCCAUUACCUGCGGAUUCCCCAGGUGUGUGUUAGCAGGAAGCUGGAAUCAGGAGCGGAGCUGGGGUUCAGAUCCUAGGCACUCUGAUAUGGGAUGGGGGUGCCCAAGUGGCAUCGUAGCUGCUAUGCCAGACAAUGGCUUCAUACGUCAGUUCUUUAACUUUGUAAUUGUAAGUCUUAUGUCGUCUAUUCUAGAUUUAGAAAGCUCGUCAGUGCCUUUUCUGGGAAGUUGGUUGGGAUUCCACAGAACAAAUUGGAAAGAAUUGUCAUCUAAUAACAAUGAGUACACUGCUCCCGGACAAAGAAAUGCCCCAUUACAGUGUGUUCCAAUGUCUCUCCACUAUGUUCAAAGGUUUCUGAGUGCACGCUUGUACAGACUGUGUGAGGUUUAUUCUUAAGGACCCCAGUGUUGGGGUGCUAGUGUAAGCGCUGCUGUUUAUUUCAGAUUCCAGCCGUUCCUCUGGUACACAGGAAAUCACCGACUUUUGCGUUGGUUACCUGCUUUGCUUGUUGUCACCCCCCUCUGUUUCGGUCUGUUGGUUACCUGCUUUGCUUCUUGUCACCCCCCUCUGUUUCGGUCUGUUGGUUACCUGCUUUGCUUCUUGUCACCCCCUCUGUUUCGGUCUGUUGGUUAUCUGCUUUGCUUCUUGUCACCUCCCUCUGUUUCGGUCUGUUGGUUACCUGCUUUGCUUCUUGUUAUCCCCCUCUGUUUCGGUCUGUGAUCUGUUGCUGUGACUGAAUACCUGCGGCUGGUAAUUCAUAAAGAAGAGAAACUUGGUUUUCACACUUCUGGAGGCCCGGAGGCCCGAGGUACGGGGGUGACGUCUGGGGGCUCUGCAGCGUCUGAGGCAGCCGGGCCAGGGGGCCAGGGCACCAGCGAGGGUCUCUGCCUCGCGACCGCCGUGAGCCUCCCCGACGCCCUCAGGAGGCGCCCUCUCUGCGCACGGCUUUGGGGACCCCGCGCGGCAAACGCUCAGCCAUGGCCCCCGGCAUCCCUGUCAGGGCUCGCGAUGGGGGGUCCGUUCCAGUGUGAAUGUCCGGGCUCGCCGGGAGGGGGCGCACUUCCCCGCGACCGUGCAGCGCCCGGCGUGCUGUGCGGCGCUGUGGCCGGCAGGGGGCGUGCGGGGCGCGGCUGUGCUUGGUUGGGGACGCUGAGGGGCCGCGUCUCCUCCUCGUGGCCGGGAGACUCCGCCGCGGCCUGAGGAAAAGUGACAUUCAGAGGCCUGGAUGGUUAGGACAUCAACAUAGGAAUUUGCUGUUGGGCACAACUCAGCCAGUAAUGUUCCAUGAAAGAAACCAUCUAAAAGGAAAAAAAGACCAAAAGAAGACUUCUAAGAGGGGAAGAGAUCUACCUUCUGACAUUAGCUACAAGUUUACCCUCGGAGUGAGGAUGCUAACACGUCGAGGGGCACACCCCAAAGACUCAGACUCCAGACCAGUUGAUUCAAAAGCAAGAGGAUUUAUUCGGCGUCUGCGCAGACGGGCCUCCUGAACUCGGAGUCCAGAGAGCGCCCCCAGCACAAAGCCACACGGUUUAUAUACCCGCAGCAACCAAUCAAAAGCACUAUAGAGUCCAUGCACACAGCAGUCCAAUCCUCGAGCUGAUCAUGUGAAGGGCAUGCGUCUUCUAUCCAGUCAGCUACGGGAUCACAUGGGAGGCAUGCACCUCGUCGCCAUUUUGUUGUUUACUUCUUUAGUAGUUCCUUUCCCUACCAGCGCCAUCUUGUUCACCCUGAGGGGGACGACGUCUCGCUCCCUUUGUUCCCCUGGUGGGAGAGCGGCGUCCCGCUUCCCACACCGUUAUUUGAGUAUUAGGAGGCAUACAAACUGGGUUAGGUCUUAGCACAGCCAGGCACAAGUGUCGCAGCUAGCUAAGCAUAGGGUCCCUUAUUUUUAUAGCUGCACCUAAUUUUAGCUUUGGGGGAAAAAGUUUAGGGCUGUAAUUUUUUAUUUGGGGCAAAGGUAACUUCUUGUUUUUAAUGGUAUUGGCUUAGGUCACUCCAUCUUGGUUUGAUUUUUAACGUUCUUCAUUCCCCCCUUUUCUUUUUGGAGAGAUUUUAAUCCUAAAAUCUAAAGGUCAGCGUCGUCCCUGAGUGCCUGGUAUUGUUGGGUGAGUACAAGGGCCUGCAUGAUGGACAGCCGGUCCCGGAUGAACUGCAGCAAUUGAUUGAGGAUGCACGGGCCAAAAGUUAAAAUUAGGAGGAGGAUAAUGAGGGGGCCCGUGACUGUGGAAAUGAGAGUGGUUAACCAGAGGGACUUGUUGAACCACCCCUCAAACCAGCCUUGUUGGGCCUCUUGAUCUCUAUGUCUUUCGUCCAACCUAGCCCUUAGUUUUGCCAUGGAGUCUUCUAUGACUCUCGAGUGGUCAACAUAAAAACAGCACUCUUCACCAAGGGCUGCACAAAGGCCCCCCUUCUAUUCUGUAAGACUACCUCGGACAGGGAAGUGAGGGAUUCCUUCAGCCUAGUUAUAGAUUGUUCCAGGGCCUGUAUGUCUUCAUCAAUGGCGAUUUUUAAGUCAUUGUAAUGCCGAGUACCCUGGAUUAAGGCUGUUGUUCCAGUUCCAACCCCGGCCCCAACUCCGAGCCCUAACAGGACUCUGCUAGGGUCAGAGAAACUGGCUCUCUACGGAUGCGGGUGGGGCGUCUAUCAUAGGAAUCUUCUAGUGUGUUGGUUGGAUGGUAAAUUAUUUUAGGCACUAGCUGUACCAUAACAAAAGUCCUGGGUGGCACUAAGGACCGAGGGACACAGGGGGUAAGUCCCUUGUUACAAGCCCACCAGUUUCCGUAGCCUGAACUAACAUGGGCAUAGGUUGUUAAAUUUGCACUUGGGAUGGUAACAUUACACAGUUGUAUAUGAGACGGGGAAGGGUUUCCUAGGCAUGUUCCCUUUCCGGAAACUUGGGUCAGGGUAACGUGGGCGGGGGUUCCUGGCUAUUACGGUGGAAGUAAGCAAAGUUAGAAGCAUUAUGGAGUUUUUUAAAGUCAGCUUGAGCGGAUUUUGGGUGCGUUGCCAUUUCCAUUGUGCUGGCUCGCCCGAAGCUCUAUCAGCUCCCGAUGGUGCUCGCUUGACGUGGGACGCGUGAACCCAGGCGGCGAUUCCGUCUACCUUAAGGGCUGUUGGAGUGGUCAACAGUACAGUGUAGGGGCCCUUCCAGCGGGGUUCAAGAGUCUUAGACUGGUGUCUUCGGACGUAGACAGAGUCGCUGAUUUGGAAGGAGUGAGGGACUGACGCGUUCCCGGUCCAGUAGGCCGCAGCUAGAGGUCUCCAGAUCUGGUUCUGUAUAAUCUGGAGCGCCUUUAGUCGUGCCUGCAAAUUAGGUGCGUUAAUAAAGGGGUCAAGCAUAGGGUCAAGCAGAUUUGUGGCGGGAGGGGAUCCCCCAUACAGUAUUUCAUAUGGGGUUAACCCAUGGUGUGAGGGGGUGUUCUGGACCCAGAACAAGACCAUAGGGAGGAGUUGGACUCAGUCUCUAGUGCCAGUCUCCAUAGCUAAUUUAGUUAAGGUCUCUUUAAUUGUUCUAUUUGUCCCUUCUACCUGUCCUGAACUUUGGGGUCUAUAAGCACAAUGUAAUUUCCAAUUUAUCCCCAGUGUUUUGGCCACCAGCUGACUUACCUGGGAGACGAAGGCAGGUCCGUUAUCAGACCCAAUUACCUGAGGGAGACCAAACUGCGGGAAGAUGUCCUCGAUGAUUUUUUUGACGACCACUUGAGUGGUUUCUCGUUUGGUGGGGAAGGCUUCCACCCACCCAGAGAAGGUGUCUACAAAAACUAGGAGAUACUUGUUACCAUAUUUUCCUGGCUUAACCUCGGUGAAGUCUACCUCCCAAUUGACUCCGGGUUGAUCCCCCCGGGACCUUGUUCCUUCCGGCAGCUUGAGGCGCCCCGCAUUGACCUUAGCGCAGGGAACGCAGGACUCGGUGACCUGUUGAACUAGAGAGUUAAGCCUUGGGAUAAAGUAAGGUUGAUCUUUUUGUUGCAGCGGCAUUUUUAGUUUUUUAUGUUCUAAAUGAGUCCACUUAUGGAGUUGAGUUAUUAGUUCACGGGCCAUUUUGUGGGGCAGGACAACUUUGUCCUGGAAUGUCCAAACUCCCUUUUGUUCACUGUAAUCCGCCCCAAGCCGCUGGAUUUCGUCCAAAUCUUGAUCUAAGUAGGGGAAGGGGAGGUCCCCGUGGUCUGGCGUAUGGUGGGCCACCACAGUACUCAGGUAUAGAGUCUGCGGGCCUACCACAGCCGUUCUGGCAACCUCGUCCGCCAUUUUAUUUCCUCUUGUUAUAGGGUCACUUCCCCGCUGGUGUCCAGGACAGUGAAUUAUGCUCAACUUUUUAGGUAGGAAAAGUGCCCAUAAGAGGUCUAAAAUUUCAGUCUUGUUUUUUAUGUCUUUUCCUGCUGAGGUUAAGAGGCCUCUUCUUCGGUCAAUUUCUCCAUGUAUAUGGGCAGUAGUGAAUGCAUAGUGGCUAUCAGUAUAGAUGUUAACUUUUUUUCCGCUAGCUUGUUUAAGGGCCUGUGUGAGGGCCACAAGCUCGGCUUUCUGAGCCGAGGUUCCCACAGGCAAUGUGCUUGCCCAUGUUAUGGAGUGUCCAUCUACCACGGCCGCCCCUGCCCUCUGCUCACCGUUUUGUAGAAAACUGCUCCCGUCGGUGUACCAGGUGUGUUCCACAUCCGGUAACGGCCGAUCCGUCGGGUCCUCCCGGGUGCCAUGGGCCUCAACCAAGAUUUGAUGACAGUCAUGAGGUACCCAGGUGCCAGGUUCCAUAUCCGGGAGCAGGGUAGCUGGGUUCAGGGGGGUGGCAGGUCCGAACUGAAUCCGCUCCGGGUUGAGCAACAUAGCUUGGUAGUGAGUCACUCGGGCAUUGGAGAGCCACCUAUCUGGCGGCUGCUGGAUGAUGGUGUCAAUGAGUCAACUUAUCUGCGUCUUUGACAAGGACUGCCACUGUGGCCACCAUGUGCAGACACGGGGGCCAACCAGUGGCCACAUUAUCCAAUUUUUUUGAAAAGUAAGCCACCGGCUUUUUCCAAGGUCUCAGUUUCUGAACCAGGACGCCCUUUACUAUUCCCCUUUGUUCAUCAACGUACAAUGUGAAGGGCUUAGUCACAUCGGGGAGGCUUAGGGCAGGGGCUGACAAUAGAGCCCUUUUGAUUUGAUCAAAUGCCAUUUGAUGUUCUUUUUCCCAUAUAAAGGGGGCAUUGGGUUUAGUGAGGGGGUACAGAGGUGCUGCUAAUUCCGCAAAUCCUGGUAUCCAUAGUCGGCAGAAGCCUGCACUGCCGAGAAAUUCUCACAUUUGUCAGGCGCUCUUGGGCAGUGGAAUUAGGGCGACUGUCUGUUUCUGGCCCUCUGUUAGCCACCGCUGACCACCUUCUAGCAGGUAUCCCAGGUAGGUCACCUGUCUUUUGCACACUUGUGCCUGUUUCGCGGAGACUCUGUAUCCCAAUUCCCCCAAUUUUUUUAGCAGGGCCCCCGUACCUUUUAGACACUCCUGGUCUCUGCCGCCAAAAGCAUGUCGUCCACAUAUUGAAGGAGGACUAUGCUGGGGUUGUUGACUCGGAAGUCUGCCAGAUCCUGGUGCAGGGCCUCGUCGAACAGGGUAGGCGAAUUUUUAAACCCCUGUGACAAUGUUGUCCAAGUGAGUUGUCCGGAAAGUCCGGCCUCCGGGUCUUUCCAUUCGAAGGUGAACAGGGGUUGACUUUGAGGACUCAGUCUUAAACAAAAGAACGCAUCUUCAAGGUCUAGUACCGUAUACCAUUGAUGGCUUGGUGGUAGGGUACUUAGCAGGUUGUAAGGAUUGGGCACAGUAGGGUGCAGGUCUCCCGUCCUUCGGUUAACUUCCCGUAGGUCCUGCACUGGCCUGUAGUCCCCCAUGCCUGGCUUUUUUACUGGGAGGAGGGGGGUAUUCCAAGGCGAGCGGCAUGGUUUUAAGAUGCCCAACCACAACAGUCUCUCUAUAUGGGGCCUGAUGCCCUCCUUGGCCUCUUUGCUCGUAGGAUACUGCCGGAUUGACACUGGGGUGGCCGAGGGUUUUAAGUCAAUUAUUAGGGGCGGCUGGUUGACAGCUAAUCCUACUCUGGCCAUUUCUGCCCAAGCUUGAUGAAAGUCCGUUAACCACUUGGGGUCUAGAGAGGUUGUAUUAGCUGGUUUUUUUUCCGAGCAAUUGAUGUUCAUCCUCUAGGCGUAUUGUCAGUAUUUGAAGGGGCUGCCCUUCUGGGCCAGUGGCUGAAAUCCCCUUAUCAUGAAAGUGAAUUUGGGCCCCCGCUUUUGAAAGCAAAUCCUGGCCCAAUAGGGGGUAUGGGCAGUCUGGCACCAGUAGGAACGAGUGAGUCACCUGUCUGGUGUUCAAAUGGACCUUUCGUUCAGUUGUCCACCUGUACAAUUUUCCCCCAGUAGCUCCCUGGACCCAAGAAGUUUUAGAACUCAGAGGGCCCCUGGCCUCGGUCAGCACUGAAUGUUGUGCUCCCGUAUCUACCAGGAAGGUCACCAGGUGCCCCCCUACAUCAAGAGUUACCCUGGGCUCAGGCGGGGGGCUCCUGGCCCUGACUUUCCUAGUUGUCUUCCCCCAAGGGCAGGACUGGAACUGUCUUUGUCUUAGUUUCCUGAGACAGCUUAGGGCAGUCCUUAACCCAGUGUCCCUUUUCUUUGCAGUAGGCACAUUGGUCUCGUUCUACUCGGGGCCUUCUGUUGUCUCCCAGGGUCUUAUUCUGUCCUGGCCUACCUUGCCCUGCACCCUGCACUACCGUGGCCAAAAUUUUGGUUAAUUCUCGAUUCCGCUUUUUGUCCUGGAUGUCCUCCCUCCGCUCUUGCUCUUUGCGUAAUCUUUCUUCCUUUUCCUCCUGUGUUUCCCUUUUAUUGAAAAUUUUAUCUGCCUCCUUUAGUAGGUCCUGUAAUGUAUACCCUUGCAGCCCGUCCAGUUGUUGUAACUUGUUUUGGAUAUCAGGAGCCAACUGUCCGAUAAACGACAUAAUUACAUCCGACUGGCAUUCGGUGGCCAAAGGGUCAAAAGGGGUAUACAUGCGAUAACCUUCCAUUAAGUGUUCUAAGAACCCUGCCGGUGUCUCUUCCUGACCCUGGAUAAUUGCACGUACCUUGGCCAAAUUGGUGGGGUGCUUCCCUGCCCCUUUGAGACCCGCUAACAGAGUCUGGCGAUAGAGACGGAGUUGCUCCCUACCGGCCACGGAGUUGUAGUCCCACUCCAGGCGAGUCAGAGGGAAGACGUCCUCGAUCUCGUUAGGCAGUUGGGUCGCCUGCCAUCUGCUCCCAGCACAUUUUUACGACCCUCUAAUAUGACUCGCUGUUUUUCCUCCGUGGUGAGGAGGGCCUGUAAAAGUUGCUGACGAUCAUCCCAAGUGGGUUGGUGAGUGAGUAGAAUGGAUUCAAUUAAUCUGGUCAAAGCUUGGGGGUCUUGGGAAAAGGAGGGAUUAUGGGUCUUCCAGUUGUAUAGGUUGGAGGUGGACAACGGCCAAUACUGAAUCUGGCCAGCCACCGACCUUAAAAGAAAUGCUUGAGAGGACCAGACACCCUCCGGGCCACUGGCAUGUUCCCUUCGCAGCCGCAGGUGAGUAGAGGGUGGGGAGGAGGAAGGCUCUAACCCUCCCAUUUCGGUGGAGUUGGGGGAGGGCGGCUUGGGGUCCUGGGGUUCCUGAACCAACUGUGGUGGGACCCGAGGAGGGUACGGAGGAGUUGGGUCUAGAAGUAGAAGACUUUCCUGAGUAUCUGGGAGAACUGGUGGAGUUUUAGGCAUAGGCUUAGGUGGUUCAUUCAGGGGAAAAAGGGAAGAAGAAGUGAGUGGCGCCGAAGGUAAAGGCACAAAUGGGGUUGAAGAAGGCCUGGGGCCUGGUUUCGGGGUCUGUGCCCCUAAAGAGGAAAGGGAAGGCUUAACCCAUGUUGGGGGAUCUCGGGAGAGACUCUCCCAGGUGACAAUAUAGGGCACUUGGUCAGGAUGUCCAUGUGGUCCUGGUUGGAAAACCUCUUUGACCUGUAAAAUAGUAGUAAGGUUAAAAGUGCCGUCCCGCGGCCAUCCGACCUCAAGGGAGGGCCACUCAGAGGUACAGAAAGCCAGCCACUUUUUAUUGCGCACUUCCACUGACUGGUUAUGUGCCCAUUUCGUGACCUCUUUCCAAUGUCCUAAAGUCAGACUUAAAGGAGUAGUUAGUUGUUGACCCAUGGGUAAAACAAUUGAAUCGACAACGUGCAGGACACUGACUAGACAGACGAACAGAACAAACCACACAAGUCGCGUGGCAACUGAUCAGGAACAAACCGAAAGUACGAAUCGAGAGGGGAGCGGCCGAUCACGGCCGGGUUCCCCGGGGAGGAGAGAGACCUGAUCUCUCUCCCUCCCCCACAAAACUCUUGGAGCGUCCUCCAGGGCGGGACCAGGGGUCUCAGGGCACGUCUGCCUCCUCCGCUGGCCCAAGCGAAACAAGCCCUGUACAGGUACAGUUUUUCAAAACACCGAAGACACACACACACACACAACAGCAACACGAAAUGAAAACUGAGCUAGCUCUUACUUCCAGCCGAACCUGGAAUUGAGUCUGGGGGCGCACCAAUCCCGGACGAGCCCCCGAAAUGUAAGACCCUCAGAGUGAGGAUGCUAACACGUCGAGGGGCACACCCCAAAGACUCAGACUCCAGACCAGCUGAUGCAAAAGCAAGAGGAUUUAUUCGGCGUCUGCGCAGACGGGCCUCCUGAACUCGGAGUCCAGAGAGCGCCCCCAGCACAAAGCCACACGGUUUAUAUACCCACAGCAACCAAUCAAAAGCACUACAGAGUCCAUGCACACAGCAGUCCAAUCCGCGAGCUGAUCAUGUGAAGGGCAUGCGUCUUCUAUCCAAUCAGCUACGGGAUCACAUGGGGGCAUGCACCUCGUCGCCAUUUUGUUGUUUACUUCUUUAGUAGUUCCUUUCCCUGCCAGCGCCAUCUUGUU